ACCUUUAAAACCUCCGCUCUCAUCUCGCCCCAAAUCCCCACUUCGCUCCUCCUGCACACCAACAAACAGAUCCAUCCGCUUCCUCUCCGACCACCGCCAAACCCUACAGGAGAGAAUCGCCGCCAUGAACGACCUCAUGACCAAGUCCUUCAUGAGCUACGUCGACCUGAAGAAGGCGGCGAUGAAGGACCUGGAGGCGGGGGACGGGACCGAGCUCACGGAGGCGGGCGGCGCCACCGACGAGCGCCUCAAGGGCUUCUUCGUCGAGGUGGAGGUGGUCAAGGAGGAGAUGUCCGCCAUCCGCGACGCGCUCGCCCGCCUCCACGAGGCCAACGAGGAGGGCAAGUCGCUGCACCAGCCCGACGCGCUGCGCGCCCACCGCGGCCGCGUCAACGCCGACAUCGUGGCCGUGCUCCGCCGCGCCCGCGAGAUCCGCGUCAGGAUCGAGGCCCUGGACCGCGCCAACGCCGCGCAGCGCAGGCUCUCCGCCGGCUGCGGCGAGGGCACCACCCUCGACCGCACACGCACCUCCGUCACCGCCGGACUCCGGAAGAAGCUCAAGGGCAUCAUGCUCGACUUCCAGGCGCUGCGCCAGCGGAUGAUGGCCGAGUACAAGGACACCGUCGAGCGACGCUACUACACGCUCACCGGGGAGGUGCCCGAGGACGAGGUCAUCGAGCGCAUCAUCUCCGAGGGCAAGGGCGAGGAGAUCAUGGGCGCCGCCGUCGCCGAGCACGGCAAGGGCGCCGUGCUCGCGGCGCUGCACGAGAUCCAGGACCGACACGACGCCGCGAGGGAGGUCGAGCGCAGCCUGCUCGAGCUCCACCAGGUGUUCCUCGACAUGGCCGUCGUCGUCGAGUCGCAGGGGGAGAAGCUCGACGACAUCGUCACCCACGUCGACAACGCCAGGGACUACGUCCACACCGGCAACAAGGAGCUCGGCAAGGCACGCGAGCACCAGCGCGGCAGCCGCAAGUGUCUCUGCAUCGGAAUCAUCCUGCUGCUCCUCCUCAUCCUCAUCGUCAUCGUCCCCAUCGCCACCAGCCUCAAGAGAUCCUAAAUUCCUACUAAUUCGCAAGCAAGGAAGGGCACCACCGGAAACAUGUGACGAUGAUCAUCUAGACACCUGCAGUUGUGUCUAUGUUGUUUCGAUUUUUUCGUACUCUGCUACCUAGUAGUAAUUCGUUAAUUUCUUUAUGCCCCAAUGUUGUUAUGUGUAUCGUCAGGAUUUAUCUGAUGAUGAAUAGUAAUAUCAUAUAUCUGUUCCGUUAA